AUGGCAGCGUUUUGUGCCAUUCGCAGCCAUGCCUCGAGAUCAUCCAAAGCCAUCCGAAGACUCGACUCGCCGCUUUUCCUCGACUUCCUAGCCCCAUCCGCCCUCCGCCCUGCUCGCCGCAACUUCUUUUCCAGGUCCAAGAAUGAGACCGACGAGAACAAUGCGUCCACGCAAGAAAAGCAAAAGCACAACAGCAAGUCAUCAAAACCGCGAUAUGUGCUCACGAAACAGCAACGAGAAUACCUCGACAGCGCGCUUCGCGUCAACCAAGCUGGCGAGCUAGCCGCGACGCUGAUCUAUGCGGCGCAGAAAUCACCAGUGGUGCGGUCACACCCCCAUCUACGACCAUUGAUGAAACACAUGUACGAUCAGGAAGCGGAGCACUUUGCAAACUUCAACCAUCUAGUGGCAAAGCACCAGAUUCGUCCGACGGCCAUGUACCCGGUCUGGGAAGUGGCAGCUACAUUUCUUGGUUGGUCGACGGCAGUCAUGGGGCGCGAGGCAGCAAUGGCGUGCACAGAAGCGGUCGAGACGGAGAUUGGCUCGCAUUAUAAUGAUCAGAUUAGUACAAUGCUUGGGUGGUUAAAGGAAGCCGAGCAGCGCGGCGAGGAAGUCGAUGAUGAGCUCAAGGACCUGCUAGCAUUACUCAGGAAGACGCGUGACGAAGAGCUUGAGCAUCUAGAUCAUGCCGUCGAGAACAACGCAAAGGAGGCGAAGCCUUAUGAUCCUUUGGUGAACAUAAUUCGCUCUGGGUGCCGGGCGGCCAUCAACAUAACUGAACGGGUUUGA